AUGUCUGAUCUAGAAGAAAAGGUGCGCAAUUAUGCAAAACAGCUUGAUGAAAUUAAAUCUCAAAGUUGUAAGCCAUCAGAGACAGAAGAUUACGAAAAACAAAUCGAAAAACUAGUCAAUACAAUAGAAAAGGCAUCAUAUCAAUCCGAAAUCUACGAAGAAACAGAAGUAUUUAAAAUAGACGAUGAAAUGAUUAAUGGAUUCAUCGAUUCGAAUUUUAGAAAAUUAACGACUUCUACAGAAGCUGCAGUAAAUGAUGUCAAGGAACUUGAUCAAUCCAAAAUAUUAUUAACUGCUUUAGCAUCAUCUGAACUAAAGACAGAUAGUCCACUAAAUAACAGUUCACAAUUCCAAGAUGAUGGCGUGUUUGUUAAUACAAAUAUGUUAGUCAAAGACGAAAAUGCACAAAGAGUUAAAAAUCGAUUAAAACGAACCCCGAAAGACAGAGUUUUCCUUGAUGAACAAUCAAAUCUCAAGCUUGACCCAUUAUUUAUCAGACAAACUCCACCACAACUGAAUUACAAAUACAAAAAAGGAGAUUAUAUCGAAAAUGUACCAUAUUAUUCCGUUGACGAAAUACAUACAAGUUUUUAUCCUGCAUUUUUUUGGGAUCCUACAAAUGUAAGUGUCAACGACAUACUUCGUGUUGAAAUUAAAAAUAUAAAAUACGAUGUUCAUGCAUUAUCUUCAGAUCAAUUUUAUUAUUCCAAGAAAUUAGAAUCAUUAUACAACGCCUAUAUGCAACAUUCCAACGAAUCACUCAUUGCAUUUUAUAAAUCACGCAUUAAAAUACUUAGACAUUCUUUAAAAGAGAAUCCAGAUAAUAAAGUCGAAAUUUUAAGCGAUAUUAUUAAUUGUCGAGAAGAAAUAGACAAAGAAGAGCAAAAAUUACAAUCUUAUAAAGAUCAAUUAACUGUUAUUUGGCAAAAUUUACAACAACUUAGAUCAAAUUCUUUUGUUGAAACUCCAAUCGCUCUAAAAUGGUAUUCCAAGAAAUAUUCAGAAGAAGAUAAAACUAAAUUACAGAAAAAACAAGAGAAAACCUUUAAAAAACGCAUAAAUGAAAUUAUUGAAUACAAUUAUCUAAUUUCUGGCGAAAAAUUAGAGGAGAAACAACUUUACAAUGACUUAAUGAAGCACAGAAAACAAUUAGGAUUGCCAAAUGCCGGAGAUACAGAAUGGAAUCCGAAAUUAACAACAGUUGAAACAACAGAAGACAGUAAAAUACCAAAUUCUGAAGUUCAGAGACUCAAUCAGGCAUCGGAAACAUACAACUACGUCAAGAUUAUUGUUGGUGGACAACAAGCAAUAUCAAUGGCCUCAUCUUUGGAUUCAGAUUUCACAUCUCAAGUUAAUUUCGGGGCGAAAUUCAUAAUAACGAGAAUUCCGAAGUACAUCAAUAUAGAGAUAUGGGAACAGAGUAAGAAUGGAGUGUUUAAAGUUUGCGAUACAACACUUCCUGUUUUCAACGGAGAGCCAGCAAAAUAUUAUGAAAAUCACUUCACUUCUGACACUCCUCUUUCCAAUGGAAAACUUGUUGAAGGAAAUAUCUUAGGAGCGGCAUUUAUAUGUGUUAAUCCUAAUGCUAGUAUCACGAGAAUUAGACAGAACAAACCCCACCAAAAAGCAGAAAAACAAAUUUCUGUUUCAGGAAUUCCAGGGAGACAAAGAACAUUUGCAUGUUCCGCAGUUAGUGAAGAACAUUGCGAUCCAAAUGAUCCACAAAUCAUUGAAGCUCUUUCUUUUAACGCUGAUCCAAAUGACAACAAAGACAGAGACAUGAUGAGAUUUAAAUUAGACAACAAGAAAAAUGAUACAUUAUUAGCAUCAAUGGCUCCGACAAUUGUAUUUAAGAAUCCAAUAGAUAUCAGGGAAAAGAAGAAAGAAGAGAAAGAAGAAAACAAAAUAUGUUAUGAUGAAAUUGUUUCUGAAAUAAAAUCAGAAUCUCCUUUUUCAAUUUUGAAAAAGAUUUGGAACUUUUUGUUUAUGAAAAGAAGACCUUUGUUUACUUACGAACAAGAAAGAGAAGCAACAGAAGAACCACAAACAUUGUUCGUAAGGAUUUCAGCAUUAAUGAAUUGUCCAAAAAGAACAGAAAUGUGUUUAAUCGACAAAGAAUUGAAUUCUCAAGGUUAUUACAGCGAAAAUGGAAAGAAACCAAGGAUAUCAAUGAUAGCGAUAUGCGAAGAUCAAGUGUACGAAUCAACACCAAUGAAAACAGUUGCUGAUAGAUGGGAUUGCGAAUUCGAAAUUGAUGUUUCAAAAUGUCCGAAUUUUUAUUUGUCAAAUUUGACAUUGAACUUUUUUGACAAUGUUGAAUAUCAAUUUCCACAGCUAGGAAACAAAAAAGAAUCACAUUAUAUAGGACAAUUGGAGAUCCCUCUUUCAUCAAUCAUUGAAAACAAAUGUAACUUAAAUGGAACAUUUUCAAUCAAUACUCCAAUGACAAAUUUGACAAAUUCCAAUGAUAAAUUAAUGAGAGUACAAAUGAGUUGUUCCAUCAACAAAAACAAUUUGUUUAAAGAUACAAAAGAUGAUGACACCAUGCUUGAUAGUAACGGAAUUCCUUUGUGUGAUUAUUUGUAUAAAAUUUCUUUGCCAGAACAUGAAAAAGAUGUGACAUCAAUUUUAAGAUUUGUUUCAAUGUUUCCUGUAUCACAAAAAGAUCAAGGAAUUGUUUUCAAUGCUCAAGAGAUUAUUGACAAUAGCUUAGGAUCAAGUUUAGAGCUCUGCAUCUUGCUUUCUUGUUACUUAUUGACUUUGAAUUAUAAUCCAUGCAUAAUUUUGUGCAAUGAUAUAAUAAGAGGAGAAAAUGCUUAUGUUUUUGUUGAAAUCGAUGGCAGUAAAUAUUAUAUGGAUCCGACGAAGAACAAAAGAUAUUUAUAUUGCCCGUUUUACAGAGUAAAUGCUAUUAUCGACAAAGAUGGCGUUUAUCUUCCUUUGACUAGCGUUUACAAUCCGGAUUAUCACGACCAAGUUUACUGGAAGAAAGUUAGAACAGCAAAGUCAAAACAACAAGAGGAAAUAGAGAUUAAAUACGCAGAACCUGAAUGCGAUACAGAAGAAUUGUCAAAGGCAAUAUUUAAAGCUGUAAGAAGCACUGCAAAGAAAUAUUCGGCGCGAAAAAUUAAAUGGAAUAGAAGCGUUUCUUUAAACCUCGAAAAAAUCAUUGAUGCAUGCGAAAAUCAAUUACAAACAGGAACAAUUUCUAAUGAUGUUUCUUUUUAUUGCGAAGCAUCAGCAAUAAGAGCUAUUGGAGCUCCAUUUGUUCAUUAUUAUUUCAUGAGAGAUAAUGAUUUGGAUAAUUUUAUUGAUAUUGUUUGUGCAACACUUGAAAAUCAGCACUUUUAUAGUAUUGAAGGUGAUAAUAUAAUAAGCGGCUUGUCAGUUAAGGUUUUCCCUCAUGAAAACGGCAUUUACGCUGUUUGGGUUUUCCUCGCGUCAGUUCACAAACUUUCAAAUGAUUAA